UCAGGGUACACAUUCCAUACAGGGAGAGCACAUUGACUCGUAUUCUGCAACCAGCACUGGGAGGGAAUGCCAAAACUGCCAUUAUAUGUAAUGUCACACCCUCAGCAAUGCAUGUAGAAGAGACAAAGACAACAUUGCAAUUUGCGAGCCGUGCCAAGAAGGUGACCAACUGCGCACAAGUUAAUGAGGUGAUGACUGAUGCAGCCUUGCUGAAAAGGCAGGCGAGGGAAAUAGAAGAUCUCAGGCAAAAGUUGCAGGAAGUGAAUUCGGAGGAGAUGAAUGAACAGAUCCAGCUCUUACGUAACAAGCUUCUUAAGGAUUUCCGCAGGCCAAUGAUCCCCCUCCCUGUGAAUGAGGGCGUGCCUGAUUCAGCCUGGAAGGAAGGGGGGCCUCCUCCGAGUUCUGUGACAGUAGGACGGCGAAUGCGACCACCAUUACCACCAAUGUUGAUCGAGAAGCUCGAUGAAGAAGGAACAAGUGCAGCCACUGGAGUUCCCGUUGAAAAUUCUGAGAACGAUAUGGAAAAAUCAGAGCGCACUAUACCAAGUGGGGGACAAGCAAGUUCCGGUGGUGAUGUUGGUGAAGAAGAGGUUACUAGCAGGCGUCUUUCUACUGGCCAAAUGGCUCAUGGGCGUACAUCUUUUGGCAAUGGCCGAGUGUCAUCUGGCGGGCGUAUAUCCAUGGAUUCUUUAUUGACUGGCCAUGUGACUGAUCGUAAGGGGCGGCUAUCAUGUGACCCUGCAGAAGCAAUGCAGCAACAGUUUCUGGAGCUGCAGCACAAGUAUGAGACCCUUAAAUUUCAGCACGAGGCACUGAUCAUUCAAACUGAAAGGGAAGCGAAUUGUGAUGACAAUGGCCAAUCUGAAGGAGGACAGGAGGAUAUGGAUGGUCUGUCCCCUGUUGAUGAAGACGACUGUUUGAAUGAUGAUCAAGGCGAGGCGAUUGUUAAGGAGGGCUGUCAAAGCGAAGAGUGUGCGACAGCUGUAGAACGACAGUUUCUGGAGAACCAAAAAACGACAGAAAUCUCACAUUCUCCUGAUGCUGAAGGAUUCUCUCAUUCUGAAAUAGAGGCAGAUGUCACAGCAAGCAAGCUGGAGUGUAAGAGGCUAAGAGAGGAGGUGGUAGAGUUGAACUUGCUUUUGAAGCAGAGGGAAAACUCAAUUGAAGAUCUGCACAGCCAGCUUGUUGAAAAGACAAAUACUUUGAAGGAGAUUGAAACACAUGGGUCACACAGGGAGGAGGAGAUGGCACACAUCAGAGAGAGGCUCCUUGCCAUGGAGGCCGACUCUGUGCAGCUGGAAGAGUCAAGGACACAGCUUCUUAAGGAACUAGAAGAGGCAAGGCAAUUGCUGCAUGCAAACUCCAAUAGGGAGGACUUUUUGAGGCAAAGACACUUUGGCUCAUCAGAUGAUGGAAGAAUGGGAGAAAGUCCAGAGAAUACAGGGUUGGCAGAGGAACAAAAUGUGUUGAAGCAGGAUGGGGCAUUAUUGAUUGGUUGUUCAGAAGACGUGGAAGGACUGUGGCAGCAAAUGGAAGAGUUGCAAAGGGUGAAGCAGGAGCUGGAACAGCGGUUGAUGGACCAGGCCGAUCAGAUCUUCACAUUGGAGGAAGAAAGAGUGGGUUCCCUAGCAGAGAUGAAAGGACUUGAAGAUGAGCUCUCGGAAGUCAAGCUGACUCUCAACUCAAUGAACAUGAGAAUCUUGGAGGUCGAGGAUGAUUGCCAACAAAAAGUGAAGGAACUGCGAGCUGCAGAAGAGUCUAGGCUGAGACUAUGCGAGGAAUUGGAACAGGUGCGGCAGGUGGUUAGUUCACGCUCAGAAAGGGAAGGCAUAAUGGGGUUUGAAGCUUCAGACACAGUGUCUGCAAGCCCACAUUUGGAGGAUUACUGUAGGAAGUUGAAGACAGAUCUUGAUCUGUCUAAUAGACGUGUGAGCGACCUGGAGAAGGAAGUGCUGGCAAAGAUGGAAGAAUCGAGAAUGCUCAGUGAGUUGUUUAAGCAAACCAUGGAGCAGCAGCAUCAGGAACGUCCAGUAGGGGAGAGAGGAAUAGUGUGUGCUCCCGAAGAGACCUCGUUCAAAGAGAUCAAGUUGCGUCUGGGUAGUGAAUCAGAACUUGCCGGAGAUCUGAUGGGGCCAAGUUCAGAGAGGGAAGAAAUGUGGGAGUAUGCAGGUCCGGAGGAUAAAGCACGAGACGGCUCUGAGAAUGCCGCUGGAGAGGACUGUCCACGGCAGCUGAAGACGGAGCAUGAGCUGCCUGAUGCCCCUGUAGGAGACCAGCAGAGGAUGGAGAGUACGCGGUUGACAGAAGCUGAAGAGUCUAUAUCUAUGAUGUCCCCUAGAUUCAAGCAGGUGACGGAGAGGGAAGGCGUGAGCACAGAGAGGGCGGCGAGAGCAUUGGGCGAGGCAUCAGUGUCAAAAUUGCCAGCCAUCUGUGAGCAACCAGUGGAGUUUCUUCAGCGGUUGAAGAGUUUCCUUGAGCUAUCGGUUGCACAUUGGAAUGAUUUGGAAAGGGACAUAGCGGCGCAGAUCCGCGUCUGCGAACUGCUGAAGGAAGAGCUGAGACCAAGGUCAGAGGAGGAAGCUGGAAACCUUCUAUUGGCACAAGAGGAGCCAAGGGAAGUGCUGAUUGAGAAUGCUAGGGUGAAAAACGAAGUGGCAAUGCUAAACCAGUGCCUUGAGCUUUGCUUAAACAGGAUCCAGGCAAUAAAGGUGGAAUGCGACGUCAAUAUUGGUAACUUGACAUUGCACCUCAGCACAUCCAACUCUUUGUUGAAACAUUCAACAGGGCUAGAUGAGGAAAGAGAAUGGACAGAUGCAGACUCAUGGAUGUGGGACAACCUGGACCGGGGUCCUCAAGGUUCAGCAGAGAAGGGAACUGUGGGCGAAAAAGGCCAUGAUGAUGAGCUAGCAAGAUUGAUGAUGGAUAGGGACAAUCUCCUAGCCAACAAUGCCAGCCUGCAGGAGGCGAUUGUAGGACUGAAUCUGGGUAUUGAAGUAGCAAUGAAACGAGUCCAAGAGCUUGAGGAGCAGUGCAGGUAUCAGUCAAGAGGCUUGGAAGCUGUGGAAGAGUCCCAGGUGCUUCGCAAUAGUGAGUUGCAGGAGGCAAGGAAACUGCUCGCAGCAGCUGUGGAAAGGGAACAAGACCUUGAAAGGAGAGUUGCUGCUUCAGAGAGAGCCGUGCUUGAAGCUGUUUCAGAAAAGACGGGUUUGGAGGAGGAGAUCAGAGGAUUGGAGCAGAAGCUUGAGCUGUCAAAUCAACAAGUUGCAGAUGGACACCUGUCUGCUGUCUCUUCUGAGAACUCUGAAAUGGAAGACGAUUUGCUCAACUCGAGGCUUGACGUUGAAGCAUCAAAGAAACAAAUUGAAGAGCUUGAAGAGCGGUGUGGUUAUCAAUCGAAGAACCUGGAAACCCUGGAAGAGUGCCGAGCGGUUCUGAGUCAGGAGUUGGAUGAGGCCAGAAAAUUGCUUACUGCAAGUGUGGACAGGGAGAAAGAGCUCGAAAGCAGGGUUGCUGAUUUUGACAAAGGCAGAGCAGCCAUGGAAAGGGAAAAGGACCUUGAGAUGAGAGUAGCGGGUGCUGAGAGAGCCAUGUUUGGAGCUGUUUCAGAGAAGUCAGGUCUGGAGGAGGAGAUCAGGGUAUUGAAGGAGAAGCUCGAGUUGUCAAACCGACAAGGUGAAGAUCAACCACUGUCUACCGUCUCUUCCCAGAACACUGAAAUGGAGGAGGAUUUGCCCAACCUGAGCCUUGACGUUGAAGCAUCAAAGAAACAAAUUGAAGAGCUUGAAGAGCGGUGUGGUUAUCAAUCAAAGAACCUGGAAACUCUGGAAGAGAGCCGAGCGGUUCUGAGCCAGGAGUUGGAUGAGGCCAGAAAAUUGCUUACUGCAAGUGUGGACAGGGAGAAAGACCUCGAAAGCAGGGUUGCUGCCUCAGAGCAAGCCAUAUUGGAAGCAGCCUCGGUCAAGCAAGGCUUGGAAGAAAUGGUCAGAAUGUUGGAGGAGAGGUUGGAGGAGAGGUUUGAAGUGCCAAACCAGGAAGUAGCAGACCCAGAUCCAUCUGAUGUAGUCCCCAGGGAUCCAGGAGUGGAAGACGAGUGUGCACAAUUGAGGCUGGAUAUUGAAGAAUCAAAGAGAAGAGCUAGGAAGCUGGAGGAACAAUGUGGACGGCAGUCUGAGGAAACAGAGGUUCUUCGUAAAGAGUUGGUGGAGGCCAGGGAAGCACUCGCCGCAACCAUAGCCAGGGAGAAUGAGCUUCAGUCGAGGAUUGUAGCUGCAGAGAAAAUGAUGUCAGAAGCUGUUUCAGAGAAGAUAGGUUUGGAGGAGGAGGUCAAAAUAUUGGGGGAAAAGCUUGAGGUAUUGAGCCAGAAAGUUGCAGGAAUGGACCAAUCCUCGGCUGAGCAAGCUGAAGACCUUGCAGCUGCACGGAAAGAACUGUGCAAGGUCGUCGCUGAAAAGGUAUCGCUAGAGGAGGAGGUAACAGCAUGGAAGAGGAGCCUGGAAUUAGCAACGAGGGCCUCCCACCUUCUGAAGGAACAGUGUGAGGUUCAACUGGCAAAACUGGGAAUUUCGACUGACUUCAGAAGCAGAGAGUCGCUGAAUGCCAGCUCUAAUUUUGUGGACGAUGCAGAAUUGAUGGCUGCAAACUCGGAGAGAUUUUUGCCGAUAGAGGUCUCUGAGAAGACAGGACUCGAGGGAGAAAUCAGAAUAUUCAAAGAGACGAUUGAUGCAUUAUACCGACAAGUUGCGUGUCUGCAGACGGGGUCACAAGUGGUACUCCAGGAAUCUGAGACCCUCCAGAAAGAACUACAGCAACAGCUUUUGGCUUUGGAGGAGAAAAACCGGACGGCGAUUGAGGUGAAGGAGAAACUUGAGGAUGAACUUGAAGCAGUGAACGGCAGACUGGAAUCAGCUGAAAGUAGAGCACAGGUUCUUGUGGAAGGGCUCCAAACACAGAAUGAGAAAUUGCGACUGUCUGAGUCAUCUAGUUCACAACUUACCAAAGAAGUAGAGGAGCUGAGGCAAUUAGUAAGUGAAGGCGUUGAGAGGGAGGCAGGUUUUGAAGUCAGGCUUGAGGCUGCUGAGAGAGGAAGGUUGGACGCUGUUGCAGAGAAAAUGCAGCAAGAGGAGGAGCUCGUGAGGCUCAAGCAGACAAUUGAGCUGUGUAGGGCGAGGAGCUGUGCACUGGAGAAGGAAUGCCAGACACACAGAGAAACAAUAGCUGCUCUCGAGGACUCCAGGUUGAAACUUUGCCAAGUGGUUGAAGAGCUGAGGGAGUCUCUCUCGGCGAGCUCACAGAUGGAGGAGAGAUUGCAAGAGAUGCAUGCAACUUCAGAGGCAGCCAGGUUGGAAGCAGUCUCCAGGAAUUCAGAACUGAAGGAUGAGCUCCAGACGUUAAACAGGGAACUCGAUGGAUCUAAUGGACGAGCUGAAGACCUGAGGAAAAAGUAUGAAAUGCAAGCUCAGGAGAUACAAAUGUGGAAGGAAGAGUUGGAGCAGCAUAUUAAGGAGCAUGCCCGGGAACUUGCGAUUUCAAAUGAAGAGAGGCAGUCUGCGCUGGCCUCAAAGGAAGAAUUGGAGAAAGAGCUUGCAGAGUUGUUGGAAAGGUUUAUUUUAUCAAACCAGAGAGUUAAGGAUCUUGCAGACGAUUGUGAGAAGCACGAAGCGGGUUUGCAAACUGCAGAGGAUCUCAGAUUGAAACUGACAAAUGAACUGCAGGAGGUACAAGAAUCGCUACACGCAAGCUUACAGCGAGAGAAGGAUUUGGAAGGAAAGGUCGCAGCUGCGGAGAAUGCAAAAUCGGCGGCGCUCUCAGAAAAUGCGGGCCUUGCAAGAGCGCUCAGCGAUUUGCAAGGUGAGGCACAGACCUAUGAGAGAGAGGCGACGACGCUCUCUGAAAAGGGAGAGGAGCUGGAGCGGAAUCUAGAGGAGCAGGGUGCUCAGCUAUCAGCUUUGGAGGAGGAGAAGUGUCGUCUACUACAAGAGAAUUCAAGUCUGAAGGACAACUUGGUCGAACUGAAGGAAAGCCUGGAGUCAUCUGAAGGGAGAGUUCAGGGCCUUGAGGAAGAGAGCAAGGCACUCUCCGAAAAGUUGGUAAAGAUGGAGAAAGAGAUGCAGCGAAGGGUUGAGGAACAAGCUGCUUUAGUGAGGAACCAAGAGGCUCGCUGUAACAGCGCAUUGCACCAGCUUGCCACAGUAGACCUUGAGAAGACGGAUUUGAUAAAGAAGCUCAGUGAUAUGGAAAGUCUGCUUAGCCAUGAGAAGACAGCAGCUUCAGAGGCAGUGCAAGAGCUGGAGGCAUGGAAGCAACGGCACGCCCAGGAGCUUGGCACACUGCGGACUGAACUCGUGAACACUCGGAAGGACCUGACUGCUGCAAAGGUCCAACCAGCGGCAUUGGCCAAAGAGAAGGAGGCACUCAGGAAAGAGCUCGAGAAGGCAAAAGAGAAAAUGGAGAAGUUAGAUGCAAAGCUCAAGAAUACCCUCCAGGAGAAGAACAACCUGGUGACAGAAAGAAUCCAUAUGGAGCGAGACUUGAAGCUUCUUCGGGGUCAAAGUUUUGCCCAGGCAAAGGAUUUGUCAAAGCUUGAGAGUGCGUACGACAAAAGAAGAGAAUCAGUAGCCGAGAAGAGGAGAGAAUCUAUUGCUGUGCAGAAGAGAUCCAGGUCCCAAUAUGAGGAGCUGGAAGCGAUGCUCCAGAGCAAAUGCACCGAACUCGAGGAACAGAAGAGUGAUCUUCAGUCUGCACAGGGGAGGCUGCAACAACUGGAUUCAGAGAAUGAAUGGCUGAAGAAACAGCUGGAGGAGAGUAAGGCAGAGAUUGACAGGAUGAAAGAAGAAGCAGCUCACCGGACAGAGGAGCUGUCAAGGAAAUCAAAGCAAAUGGAGGAACUUGAUGAUCAAAUCAAAUCCAUGAGUUUAUUGGGCAAGUGUAUGGAGCUGCACGAAUGUCAACAAAGGGUGGAGAAGCUGGAAAUGGAGCUCAAGGCAGAAGAAGAGAAAGCAUAUGCAGCGCUGACCGACGCAGACUUCGCAUUCGCAGUAGAAAGUUCAAGUAUGAAAGCCCAGCUGGCAGAGAAAGAACGAGAGUACCAGCGGAUAGUCGAGGCACAUGAUGCCGUGUGCAAGGAGCUUGAGCAAGCGCUUGCAGAGGGACAAAGAAGUCGCCAAGACCUAGAGGAGAGGAUUUUAGAAAUGGAGAGGAGGAAAGAGGAGGAUAUGAGAGAAGCCCGUCUCAAAUUUGAAGUUGAAGAAAGGUCAAAAGCCCGUCUCAAAUUUGAAGUUGAAGAAAGGUCAAGUGUGAAAGCCCAGCUGGCAGAGAAAGAACGAGAGUCGCAACAGAUGGUUGAGGCACACAACGCCGUACGGAAGGAGCUUGAGCAAGCACUUGCGGAGGAACAAAGCAUUUGCCGGGGCCUAGAGGAGAGGCUUUUAGAAAUGGAGAGGAGGAGAGAUGAUGAUCUGAGAGAAGCCCGUCUCAAAUUUGAAGUUGAAAAGUCGAAUAUUGAGGCGAGGAUGGAGGAAGAAGGCAGAAAACAUGAGCAGCUGGUGGAAGCCCAUGAGGCCCAACGCAAAGAGCUGGGGGAAGCACUGAUGGAGGCAGAGCGCAGUCAGCAAGAAUUGGCAGAGAGGCUCUCAGAUUUGGAGAGAAUGGAAAAUGAGGUUCAGAGAGCAAUGAUGGAGGUAUUGUCAAAGGAAGAGGAGCUGAAGUGUUUGCAGGAGAGUUGCAGGAACCAGCAGCUGCAAGCCUCUGUAAGGCUAAAGAAGGUGGAGGCAGAUUUUGAGCAGGAACGGGCACAGUAUGAGGCAAAGCUGUUUCGCAAGGAAUAUAUGCUAGAUCUUCAGUGCCAGCUGAUGGAGUACUGCAAGGAAGGCAUCCCUGAGUUGAAGGAGACUUUUAACUCCAGCAUUGAGGAGGUGCGGUGUCAAUUGCAAUCAGAGUACUUAAAGGUACUGGAAACGAACCAGGAACUUUUGCAGCAGCAGGAGGAUGCUGAGAAAGAGCUCCAUGCAGCAUUUGCUGAAUUGGAGGCAUCAUGUCAGGCACGGAAUGACCAGCAGGACCAGAUCAAUGAAUUGCAGAGUGAAAUUGCUAGCCUUAGAGAGAAACUGACGUGUUUUCAAGAGAUGCACCUUUGGGAAGAAGAGCUUGAGAAUAAGACGAGGAUCGCAGAGGAUUUGAGGAUCCAAUUGAGAAAUUCGAAAGCUUUGAUUCUCAGCUUGGAGCAGGAGUUGGAGGAUGUCAGGUCGAAGAAUGGUGAGCGGAUAAGCUUGCAAAAGGAGUUGGGGACAAGCAGCAACAACAGUGGCCGAGUCUGGAGCUCAGAACUGAUGCUGAUAAAAGAUGACUGUGAAGCUUCGAGGGACGAAAUCGACCGCCUCCUGUCCGAAAAGAGAAAGGAUAUGGUGGACAUGGAACUGAAGAAUAUUGCGCUGCAAGAGCGCGUGAUAAGGAUGGAAAAGAAUUUGGAUAUUGCAAAGGAAAGGAAUGCCAAGCUGCAAAAUGAAAAACAGAUCCUUGAGCAGAAGUGCAUGGAAGGACAAAUGGCUAUUGAGGAGCUAGCCAAAGUCACUGAAAGGCUUAAGGUAGCCCAAUAUGGCCGGACUCAGCUUGGAGGGCAGAUCCGAGAUUACAGGAGACGGCUGGAAACAGUGGAGGUGAACCACAAGCUUCUGCAAAACCAGGUGUUAGAGUUGAAGGCUGAACUUCAGAGGGCCAACACUGAAAACAUGCAGUUUCAAGCGCAGUUUCACGAACUUGCAAUGAGGCCUGCAAGAAUGAGAAGGCAAGAACUAGAACGCCAAGGAGCAGGGGGGAGCGAUCGGACUCUCGGGUGUUUUGGGCCAAGAAGUCGAAACCCCAAUCAAGGACAGGGUAGUUGAAGUUUCGCCGUCCAUCUGCCGUGGACAGCUCAACCAACGACUGCCAGGACAAUGAAAGGAUCCCACCAGA